UAUUGGAUUUGCUUCUAGGUCAUUCCUAAAUUAGAGAAACUGUCACUAAAAAGUGAUGACAUCGCAAUGAUAUUUGAUGAGCAAUUUCCAAGGGACCUCUUUUGUAAUGUUAAAGUUCUUUGUCUUCUUACUUACAAAGAUAAAUCACUUUUGUGUUCAAUUCGCUUCCUUCAAUGUUUCCGCAAGCUGGAAAAGCUUCAUGUAGCUGAUGAUGGUUUGGAGGAGUUAUUCCCUUCUGAAGGAGACGCUAAUGGUCAGGAGAAUCGUGUGGGAACACAGUUACAUAUUAGAGAGUUGAAUUUGGAAGGACUUUAUAAUCUGAGGCACAUAUGUAACCAAGACUUAAGAGGAGCUGACCUAAUUCUUCAAAAUCUUAAAAUUCUGAAAGUGAUCUUCUGUUAUGGCUUGAUUAGCUUAACAGCAUCUACGGUACCUUUCCACAAUCUCACCACUUUGGAUGUACAGUGUUGCCCAGGGUUAAGAAACUUGGUUUCAUGCUCAACGACUCAAAGCCUGGUUCAACUUGAAACAAUGAGCAUAGCAUAUUGCAACUCGCUAACUAAAAUAGUUGGAGAUGAAAGAGAUGGCUUAGAAGAUGAGAUCAUUUUUAAGAAAUUAAAAGUUUUGAAACUCAGGCAGUUAAAAAAGCUCUCAAGCCUUUGUUCAAGACUCAAUUUUGCCUUCAAAUUCCCAUGUUUAGAAUGCCUGGUUGUGAGUGGAUGUCCCAACAUGGAGACCUUCUGUAAGGGAGUCAUAGAGACUCCAAUGCUACAGAGAAUAUUACUGAAUGACUACGAUGAAGGGCGUCUGGUGGGUGAAUUGAAUGGCAUCAUAAAUCAAUUGUAUGAAGAAAAGGAAAUCAGCGUACAAAACUGUGAAAUGAUAGAGAAAAUCAUCAUAGAAGAGGAAGUUAUAGAGGUACCAGUAAAUAAAAUGAAAUUCCCCUGGCUAUGGUCCCUUACCCUGAAGUAUUCUCCCAACUUGACAAGUUUUAUUGUGGGAAGUUAUAAACUUGAGUUUCCAUCAUUGUUGUCUAUCGACAUGGAUAAUUGUCCAAAGAUGGUAUCAUUUUCAACAUUUUCAAUAAUGCGAGAGAAAGAGACAACUGUUGGAGGAAGUGAAGAAAGGCUUAACAUCCCUACUGAACCAUUUUUCAGCGAUCAGGUGGGAUUCCCUAGUUUAGGGAAGCUUAUAGUUCGAGGGAUGAGGAGGUUGAUCAGGAUAUGGGAUGAACAACUUGAUGAAGAUUCCUUCCACAAACUAUAUCUUCUAUGUGUAAAACAUUGUGAAAAACUAGUGAAUAUUUUUCCAGUUAAUAUGGUAAGGAGGCUACAAAACCUAGACAAGCUGCUGACAAGGAAUUGUGUUUCACUAGAAGAAAUAUUUGAACCUCAAGGACUAGAUGCUGAUGAAUCAGAAGCACAAAUAAUUGCUCAAUUAGCUUUGGUGGAAACAACCCCUAAUUUUGUCUUUCCAAAAAUACUAGCUUCAGAACUUUCGAGAACAAGUGGAGAGAACCAACUUGAAAUCCAAAUUGAACGCCCUUUGUUCUGGGUUAGUAAGGCUACAUUCCCCAAUCUAGAAGAACUGAUAGUGGAACGGAAUGAUAACCUGAAGGAGAUAUGGCACGGUGAUGAUGAUGUCAAGAAUGACAUUAUUUUUACCAAACUGAAGUCUUUGCAACUUAAAUGUCUAUCAAGACUAGCAAGCUUCUGCUUAGGGAAUUGCAGCUUUGAAUUCUCGUCUUUGGAAGAUGUAAUUGUGGUGGGGUGUCCAAAUAUGAUGACUUUCUAUGGGGGAGAAGUAAGUACAUGUAAUCUGCAGAAAGUAAAAUUCACAGAAGAUGAAAGUGUAGAAUGUUGGGAAGGUGGCCUUAACCCCACAAUAUAACAGUUGUUUGCAGAAAGGUCAUGUGCCUUUGGAUUUUGGUGAGUGUAAUGUGCAAAUUUUCUUGUCACCUAUACAAUAUUAUUUAGAUUUCUAAGACUAGCCUUCAGAGUUUUUGAACUCCUUGUGUGACUUUGUCUUGUUAGUAUUUAAUUUCAUGUCUUGGCUUGGUAUUGUGGUGUUAAGGACAAUAUUUAAACCUUGUGUUAUCAGAACAUAUGUAUCUUAAUACAGAAAAUGUGGUGUA